AUGACGACCCGCGGGAUCUCGGCUUCGAGCGCGCUCGACUUCCUCCGCGUCUGCGGCCAGCUAAAGCGCCUCAAGCGUACGGGCUGGGUCAACCACCAGGUCCAUGCGCCCGAGUCGGUCUCGGACCACAUGUACCGCCUGGCCAUGUGCAGCCUUCUCCUCGACAACGACUCGUCCGUCGACCGCAUGAAGUGCAUCAAGAUGGCCAUCGUACACGACUUGGCGGAAGCGUUCGUUGGCGACAUUACGCCCCACGACGGUACGUUCGCCUCUAACUGCUGCGGCUGCUGA